GGGUAAUUAAUUUAGAGCUACAGCCUACAAGAAGUAAUAAUAGAAUGAAAUUUUGAUAUAUAGCUUGCAAGAUGAAAAAAUAAGAAAUUAAAAAGUGGUAUUUUAAAAUACCACAAAUUCAUCAUCAUCAUCAUUCAUCAUCAUCCUCAUACCAGCUUCGAACACUGGACGUGCAGCACGCUUCUUUUAAGUGCAUCCAGCAACGCCAGAUAGAAGCUGGUGACAUAGUUUGAUUUGCAGGCGCAUUCCUAUUUCAUAAAAAGCAGAGGUUUCCACACGAAAACCCUAAUCCAGUUGGGCAGCAGCUAACAGGCUAAGAAAAUCUCCGACCAUGGCUGUGCUGAGCUCGGAGAAGGUGCUGCAAGAGAGCAACACCAGCGAUUCCGAUUCCAUUACUUCUCUAGCCCUCACCGCGAAGGCUCUCUCCGACGUAUCGUGCUUGGACGCGUUUAAGAACAUUCAAAGGCUCGACCUUAGCUUCAACAGCCUGACUUCCCUUGAGGGGUUGAGGUCAUGCGUAAACUUGAAGUGGUUAUCUGUAGCCCAGAACAAGCUUCAGAGUUUGGAAGGGAUUGAAUGCCUGGUUAAACUUACUGUACUAAAUGCUGCAAAAAACAAGCUUAAAUCAGUGGACGGGCUUAAUUCUCUUGUAAGUUUGUGUGCACUGAUCUUGAAUGAUAAUGAGAUCAGUUCUAUUUGUAAACUUGACCAAAUGAAAGACCUGAACACUGUAGUUCUUUCAAGGAAUCCAAUACGAGAUAUAGGUCUAUCACUUGCUAAAAGGAAUUCAGUAUCAAAAUUGUCCCUUUCAAACUGCCAGCUGCAACUUAUUGGCUCUUCGCUCAAAUCUUGCACCGAGUUAAAAGAAUUGAGACUCUCUCAUAAUGAGAUCACGACACUUCCAAGUGAGUUGGCUUGCAAUAACAAAUUGCAAAACUUGGACUUGGGAAAUAAUGCGAUCCUGAGAUGGUCUGAUCUUAAGGUUCUCUCUUCACUAACUAACCUGAAAAAUUUAAAUCUUCUCGGGAAUCCUAUUGCUGAAAAGGACGGCCUGGUGAAGAAGGUAAGUUCUGCACAUUUUAUGUGAUUUGUAUGUGUAGAGCUUGCAAUGUGCUCAUGAGUAUGUAUUUUAGCAGAUUCAGAAACUAGUGCCGAAUAUGGUGGUUUUUAAUGCCAAACCCAUUAGCAAAAUCUUGAAGGGAGAAAUGGGAAGAGCCAAUACCUCUCAUGAUGUUGACAUAGUUCAGAAUGUGGAAACGAUAAGUCUUCCAAGAAACAACUCUCGAAAACACUCUUCUCAAAGCGAAAAUGCUGGUGGUUGUGAUGUGAAAGAAUCAAAGCCUAAAAAGCAGAAAAGAGAAUCAAAGCAUGAGAAUAAAAAGAAUUCAGUUGUAGAGGAAGCUUCUGAUCAUGAGAUGGAUCAGUUAGAGAAUAGAAGGAUUAUUAACAAUGACAGUGUAAUUGGAACCCGGAAAACCUCGAAGCCCAAAACACCGGCAUUUGAUGAUGGAGAGACACCUUUUAUGAAUCUUUUUACAGAUGAUGCAUCAGCUAAUUCCUUUGGUAGUGAUAAUCCUGGAGUUGGUCAGAGUGUUGAUGAAACUGUGGGAUCAGUUAGUCACGCCAAGAAGAAAAGGCAGAACAACAAACAAAGUAAUGGGCCCACUUCACUGCAAUUGUUAACAGCAGUUGAUGAAGUUGGACUGGGUGGACCAUCAAUGUGGGAUUAGAAAAAAUAUUUCUUCUAAUCCUUAAUCCUCAUGGGAUCCAUUGUGCAAGCUUGAAGCUUUUGCAUCGUUCAAUUUUCAUCACUGCAGAGUUCCUUUAAUUUUAGUGUGGGGAGCAUUUGAUUACCAAAAGCUUGGACUUUAGUAUUGUGUACUGUAAACAUUGGGUUUGUUUUGGGGGGUUCUAUUUAUUACCUUAACACAAUCUCGGGGAAAUAUAGUUGGAUUUUCUAUGGUGUAUGUCGCGCCCACACAUAACUUGUAGGUCGUGCGUGAUGGAAAUACUUCACCAUAUUGGAUGAGAAAAACUUAUUUGGUCUUGCUGUUGUUUUUGUUUUUGACUCGUGAAAAAUGCAAUAAAACAACUUUAUAAGAAUCAAACGAUGCAU